UUUACUCAUUAUAUUUAGAAUCUUUCUUCGAAAAACCAGUUCAAAAAAACCCCAAAUUUCUGCUUAAAUUUUAAAUUUUAAUCGCUAUUAAGACUUAGCAGCCAAAAUGAAGUUCUACCCAAAUGCGGAUGUCUGGUUCUUCGUGGACAGGCCCAGCUGCAUGACCAGCUACCAGAAGUACCCGCCCAAUCACAGCUGGAAGAUUCACGACCAGACCAAAGCGCGGGAGAUGUACUACUGGCGGGAUAUCGAGGGCGUGAAAAAGACGCAGAUCAAGCUGAAGGACCUCUACUUCACCAACUGGCCCAAGAGUCGCAUCCGUCCUCAGGCCUGUUUGGGCAUGCUCUAUGCCACCGGAAACCGGUUUAUCCGUCUGACCAAGGCGCCGCCCGCGGGCUUCAAGUGCGCCCCGAUGCCAGUUAAUUUGGCAACCGCCCGGAUUGUCAAAGUGGAGUUGCGCAAGAAGGCUAAACGUGAUAGAUUGGCAGCUAAAAAGGCUAAAAGGGAAGCGAAGAAGGCCAAGAAGGCCGCCAAAAAGGCAAAAGGCGGGAAGGGCGGAAAAGGCGGCAAGGACGAUCUCAAGCCGAAGGUCAUAAGAACCUACGCAGACGCCGAAAAAGCGUAAUGAAAAUUGAAAUGUUUUUUAGUGAAUUAGGCUAAAUUCCAAAGUGUUUUUUAAAAGUAAUAGUAAAUGUUAACAAUAAAUUCAUGCAAAAAUUAAA